AUGCAUGUUAAUUUAUUUCAGAUGGAUUCUGCACAAUCACAAAUGGGUAUUGCUCUAAGCGGCGCCGGCAUGGCACAAUCAGGCGGCAUGGCUCCUUCCGGUGGCAUGGGAGGUGGUCACGGAAUGGGAGAAGGUAUGAGUGGAGGUACAAGCGGAGGUAUGGGAGGUGGUAUGGGCGGCGGCAUGCCUGCUGGACAGCAAGGUUAA